GACAAGGAUUGCUGGUCAUACCUUUGUUUGAUCAAAGUCCCACUACCGCCCUCCGCUCAGCCAAACUUUUGCCGUCACAGCUUGAAGUUCCAUACAACCAACACUCAACUUUACCCGGUGCUGAAGUCACACCCGGCACGAUGUUCAAGAAGUUGAAAGGAAAGCUUAAGGGCGACGAGAAGAGCCCGCAAGGAACAGAGCAGUCGGGGCUUCAUCCCAGCAACCCAUACUACACGCCACCUCAACAGGAGCAACACAACAUGGCUCCUACAGAAAAGUACCAGGCCUCUUCUGACCACCCACCGAACUAUCCUUCGUCAUCAAAGUCAGAGUAUACAGCUCCUCCAGGUCCGCCUCCAGGGCACGCAUCUUCAAGCGGCUAUGCGCCACCACCAGGUCCUCCGCCUUCGCAGCAGUUCCCACAGCAGCCACCUCCAAGCUGGGACCCCCCUCCGUACCAUGACUGGACCGUAGUACCAGACACAUCACUCCUUCCUCCCCCGCCCUCUCUCGGAUACGAGGACUCGCCAACUGCAAAUGCCAGCGCGGAGGAUGGCGAACAUGCGUAUAGAUGGACAAUCACGUACCCGCUCUGGCCACCACAAACCCUCACACCCACAACUCAUGCAGCCAUUCAGAACGGUCAACUUGCUCUGUUGAAAGCACCAACGUUCACCGGCGAUCUCCUCCCGCAGCCGCAAGCCGGCCACUGGAAAUGUCGAACCCAUGCAAAAUGCAGAGAUUCCAGCAUUCUAACAAACCUGCCUAUGUACUCUGUCUUCUGGGACUCACCCCUCAGCACCCAGCGGCCAAAGACGAUUUACUUCGAGCUCAAAGUCACGGGUAUCGGCCGCGGCGGUCAUUCGCUCGAGGAGGCGGACGCAGGUAUCGCAGUCGGCUUCGUUGCACCGCCGUACCCUACCUUCCGGCUUCCUGGUUGGCAGCGAGGUAGUCUCGGCGUGCAUGGCGAUGACGGUCGGAAGUACGUCAAUGACACCUUCGGCGGUGUAGAUUUCACGACUUCGUUCCAGCCAGGCGACACUGUGGGGAUCGGUAUGACCUUUUCGGUGCCGAGAAAUCCACCGUCGUAUGAGCAGACGCAGCAGGGUAAGACUUUAGAUAUUGAGGUAUUCUUCACGAGAAACGGGGUUCAGGAAGGUGGUUGGGAUGGAAAUGAGGAGCUUGAUGCGAGGAAUGAAGGGGGUAAUAUUGGAUUGAGAGGUGAAAGUGAUUUGUUUCCCGCGAUUGGGGUGUUUGGCGGCGUGGAUUUCGAGGUGCAGUUUCAUCCUUCUCAGUGGCUGUUCAGGCCAUACUGAGUGAGAUUGAGGACUGCGAUAUGGUUUGUAUAAGGUGAGAGUCGGCACAUGACGAUCGCAUGUGAGACAGGCGGACGGAGCAGGUCCCACCGUAUAAAGCUUGUGUAUAUAAUACAACCUCCUAAAGACAGACACACUUGUAGUUUCUGACCUAUACCCUUGAACUGUAGUACGUCAGGAGACAAGCUGCACACAUCGCUGCUCCCCACCUCUCGGA